AUGUUUUGCAACUACUACGGCAAUUCCUGUGACUACAGGUGUAGAAACAGCUAUGACUGUGGAGUUAGUCCCUAUUAUGGCUGUGGAUAUGGCUAUGGAUAUGGCUGUGCAUAUGGCUCUUACUAUGGCUGUGGAUAUGGCUCUGGCCCUGGCUACUGCAACUACCGGCCAGGAAUGAAUGGUAUGCUCUGCCAAUUACUGACAGUAUAUAAAGGUCCAUGGGAAGCAGAUGACCCACAUGCUUCAGAAACAUCCUCUUGCAAGCCAUCUGAAUCCACUUCCAUUAACAACAUGUGUUGCAAGUACUAUGGCAACUUCUGUGGCUAUGGCUGUGGAAACAGCCAUGGCUGUGGAUUUAACCCCUAUUAUGGCUAUGGAUAUGGCACUAGAUAUGACUGUAGAUAUGACUGUGGCUAUGGAACCAGAUAUGGCUGUGGAUAUGGUUUCUGCUGUGGCUGUGGAUAUGGGACUCUCUAUGGCUGUGGAUAUGGCUCGCGUUAUGGCUGUGGUUAUGGAACCAGAUGUGGCUGUGGAUACGGCUCUGGCUACUGCAGCUACUGGACAGUUUGCUAUAGGAGAUGUUAUUCUUCUUGCUGCUAG